AUGAAUCUCCAAGACGGCAUUGAUCGUACACUGUCUUUGAUCAUGCCUGGUAUCGAGGACCAUAGGAGGCAAUGCAACUUUGAAGGGCUCAGGCAACAACCAUUCGUACUCGGUCUGACUGGACUCCAAGGAAGUGGUAAAUCAACUUGGGCUGAGGGCAUCGUGCAUCUUCUGCGCGAUAGACACAAGCUGAAUUCCGUCGCUAUAUCGCUGGAUGAUUUGUACAAGACGCACGAUGACCUCUUGGGGGUGCGAGAACGGGACUCAGACAACAAACUGUUGCAGACUCGAGGUCAGCCCGGUACGCAUGAUAUACAGCUUUCUCAAGGCUUCUUUGACGCGAUACGAACUGCUGAAGAUGGCGAAGAGCUGUGCAUUCCUUCAUUUGACAAGAGUCGCUACGCAGGGGCAGGCGACCGUGCGCCACUCCAUACCUGGAAGUCUGUGACUGGUUCAGUCGACGUAAUUGUUUUCGAAGGCUGGUGUCUCGGCUUCUCGCCAUUGUCGUUACCGCAACUGAGGGAGAAACAUCAGUACGCACAAGAACGACAAUCCAAGCAAGACGUCAAUGCACAAAUGUCGACAUCAACGCUUGCAGACCAUGCUCUCUGUCAUCUCGAACGAGUGAACGAGAGCCUUCGUGGCUACUGUGAGGCGUUCACCGGGCCCCAGCAGUUUCAAGCGCUUGUCCAUAUCGAUACAAACGAUCUGGUGAAUGUUUACGAGUGGAGGUGGCAACAAGAGCAGGCCUUGUGGGACAAAACAGGUUGCGGAAUGACCAAAGAGCAAGUUUAUGCAUUCGUCAGAGGUUACAUGCCAGCUUAUGAGAUGUAUCUCGAGCAUCUCAGGGACGGUUUCUUCCCGAAAUUUGAAGAUGGUCAACAGGAUCGUUGCGAGAUUAAGAUCAAGACUCAAAUCAGAGUCCUGUUAGAUAGGCAGCGGAUCGUGCAAAGUAUCGAGGCAGUAUCUUAG